AUGGCUGAAACUCAUGAAAAUUCUAAAGUGGUGGAAAUAUGUGCAACGGAAGGGCUUUUGGAGAAGUUCAAAACUGCGAAUGAAGUUCUCGAGGGGGUGCAGAAAGGUUUGGAGGACUAUUUAGAAUCUAAACGGGCACUUUUCGCGCGAUUUUAUUUCCUGGCUAAUGAGGAGCUGUUGGAAAUCUUAUCGCAGACUAAGGACCCCACGAGAGUUCAGCCAUUCUUGAAUAAAGUUUUCGAAGCGAUGAAUAAAUUGUCAUUCGAAGGUGACAAUGAGAUUACGCAGAUGCACUCAGCUGAGGGUGAAAAAAUAGACUUGGUGACGCCCGUGGUGACACGUGGAAUGAAUGUCGAGACGUGGAUGUCUGGCGUGGAGAGGGAGAUGAGGGAAGCAGUGAGGAAUGUGUUGUUGAGGGCUGUGGUCAGUUAUGGAGAGGGGCCUCGGGAGCAGUGGGUCCUCGAUCAUGCGGCGCAAGCGGUCCUGAAUGGCUCGCAAGUGCACUGGACUAAGGAG